AUUAUCAUAUUUGUGACUAAGAAUUUAUUGAUCAUAUAAUUUUAUGAUAAAUCACACUUAAUUAAAGUUUAGUGAUGGCGAGAUUAGAUAUCAACUAAAUAUACCAUAAACCCCGCCCACGAGACCGACGAAUAUGACAUUGCAACCCAAAUUAACUAGCGAGCAGCGACACUGACAACCUCCCUACUUUGACUAGUCUCAGCCUGCGGGAUGAGCCAAGAACCAGCCGCCGCCGCCGCCAUGACGUUGCCGCCGGCCCAGCCGCGCCCGCACGUCUUGCUCGUCGCCGCCCCGUUCCAGAGCCACGUCAACCCGCUCCUCCGCUUCGGCCGGCGCCUCGCCGCCAAGGGCCUGCUCGUCACCUUCACCACAGCUCUCCAUGCCGGCAUCCGCCUCUGCCCCGGGGACGGCGACGACGCGGGAGCAGGGCGCGGGAGCCUUCGGGUCGAGCUGCUGCGCGGGGGCGGUAUGUGGGCGCCCGACGACCCACGGUUCCGCGUCGCCGUCGAAAUGGCGCGCCACGUCGAGGCCGCGGGGCCGGCGGCGCUCGAGGAGCUCGUCCGUCGGGAGACCGAGGCCGGGCGGCCCGUCACGUGCGUGGUGGCCAACGCCUUCGUGCCGUGGGCGCUGCGUGUCGCCGGCGAGAUGGGGCUCCCGUGCGGCAUGCUGUGGAUCCAGUCAUGUGCCCUCCUGUCCGUGUACUACCACCACGUCCACGCGCUCGCGGCGUUCCCCGAGGCCGACGAGCCAGGCUCCGUGACGCUGACGGGGCUCCCGGAGCUGGAGGCCGACGAGCUCCGGCCGCUCCUGAUCUACCCUUCCGGCCAGGACUUGUGGCGCCAGAUGCUCGUCGCGGACCUCGGCAGCGCCAGAGAGAGGAUGUCGUGGGUCUUCGUGAACACCUUCAACGAGCUCGAGCACGCGGCCGUCGAGGGACUUCGCGAGCACUUGCCUGUUAAACCGGUCGGCCCACUCCUCGAGCCAGACGAUGCCGACAACGGUGAAUCCUCCACGGCUGCCGGCGACGACGGUUACGCCGCGUGGCUUCACGCGCACCCGCCGCGGUCAGUGGUGUUCGUGGCGUUCGGGAGCCUCGUGAACAAUGAAUCGGACGAGGUGACCGAGAUAGCGGCAGGGCUGGCCAGAACCGGCCACCCGUUCCUUUGGGUGGUGCGCGACAACAACCGCGCGCUCCUCUCCGCGGACGCCCUCGACGCCCUCGCGGCCGCCUGCGGCCGAGGGGGCAAGGUGGUGCCGUGGUGCGCGCAGGGGCGCGUGCUCGCGCACGGCGCCGUGGGCUGCUUCGUGACGCAUUGCGGGUGGAACUCCACCGCCGAGGCGCUCGCCGCGGGCGUGCCGGUCGUGGUCUCCCCGAGGUGGUCGGACCAGCACAUCAACGCUAGGUUCCUGGUCGACGUGCACCGUGUCGGCGUCCGCGCCCCAGCGCCCUUGACGAAGGACGCGCUGCAUGAGCGCGUCGAGGAGGUGAUGAGCGGGCCGGAGGCCGAGGCGAUGGCGCUACGAGCCGCGAGGUGGAAGGAGAAGGCGCGCGCGGCGGUGUGCGACGGUGGCUCGUCCGACUGCGACGUCCAGGCGUUCGUCGACCAGAUAAGUCUCGCGGGAGCCGGCCGCUGACUUGCUCAGUCAGAUUACGCACGUCGCCGUGGCGGUUUGGCGCUUCGCGGCGAGUGGGGGCACGCAGCUCCCACUGCAUGGCUAUCCUGCAGAAGAAUGAACGAACGAAUAGUCGCAAUUUGCAUGGUUGUGUCGCUUGGCCCCAGGAAACGAACGAAUUGUUUCAUUAUUUGUUUGUACAUCAUGCAUGUUGGAAAGCAAGGGAUCGAUCUG